UAAAACGCACCCAAAGUUUGAUGAACUUGUUUGAGGAAGUUGGGGAUUGGCUGAGGUUUCCUGGGAUGGUGUGAAAUGGCAAAUGUGGCCCAGCCUGGAGAAAUUAUACAUCUCAACGUGGGAGGAAAGAGAUUAUGAACUGCUGGGACCAGUGUUCCCUCUCCAAUUUUCUAACCAGCUGUGCAAGCCCCCAAGGUCAGGGCACAGCAGCGACAUCCAGAAUGCUGUGAUUGGUGCUGAUGCCGUUUGCAGAAAAGUGUGGAGUGGCUGUGUGCACAGCUUUGGGCAACAUUGAAUUUUUCUUAUAAAAUAAAAACAAAAUACUGCGGAUGUUUGAGAUCUGAAAUUCAAACAUGAAGCGCUGGAGAACCCCAGCUGCAUCUGUGGAGAGAGGAAACAGAGUUAACACUUCAAGUUCAAUGGAAUUUCUUUAUGCAGAGAACACAUGAGCCUCUCUGAUUUGUAGCCAACUGGAGUUUGGAAGAAUGGGAAGGAGUCUCAUCCCAUAUUUCUGGCUGGACCAAGUGAAUGCAGGGUUGAGAGGUUUCCCUGGUUUGGUGGGGACUCUACCAUAAGGGGUCAUACUUUCAGGAUACAGGUUCUUUUGGGACUGAUAUUGGGAGAAAUGUGUUCACUCAGGCUGGUGAGCCUGUGGAAUUCUCCACUUCCACAGCCUUAUGGGAAAGUCACUGAAAAUAUUAAAGAAAGAAAGUAGAUUUCUAGAGGAUGAAGGCAUCAGGAGAGCACUGGCCUAUGGCAUUGAGAGGAUCAACGUCAACCACAAACAUAUCCAAUGGUACAAGUGCUGUGAGCCAAUGGCCUACACCACCUGUUUUCUAUCACUCUAGUGAAUCAAUAGGGGUAGUCAUUGGACUUCUGGAAGACAUUAUAUAUUUUUCAUGAUUCUGCAUCCAUUUUAUGUAUGGUUCAGUUCCUCAAGACAGACUCUUACCUGGAUCCCAGACUCCUUUUUCUCAAGUUUGUUGAGUGGAAGAAUUUCAACGUUAAAGGAUGAAACUGGAGCAAUCUUUAUUGAUCGAGACCCUACUGUCUUCACAUCCAUUUUGAAUUUUCUCCGCACAAAAGAGUUGGAUGCCAGGGAUGUGAACAUUGCAACUCUCCGGCAUGAGGCGGAAUUUUAUGGAAUUGCACCGCUGGUUCGCCGACUAGAACUAUGCGAGGAUUUGGAACGCUCAUCCUGUGGAAACGUUCUGUUCCAUGGAUACCUACCUCCACCAGUGAUUCCAACGAUGAGGCAGAAUCGACACAGCCUUGCUGGACCACAAUUUGUGGGGUCCCGGCAGGAAGCUGCAGAUCGUGUUCCUGUACGAAGGAGCAACACCAUGCCACCUAACCUAGGCAAUGCUGGCAUCCUGGGAAAGCUUCUGGAGCAGCGAGGGAAUGGAUUGAUAGCCAAUCCCGGAAUGGUGCGGAUUGUCCGAGGACAUCACAACUGGAUUGCUGUGGUCUACACCCAAUUUGUGGUGUGUUACAGACUGAAGGAGUCAUCUGGCUGGCAGCAGGUAUUCUCCAGCCCACGGUUAGACUGGGUCAUUGAACGCGUGGCACUGAAUGCUAAGGUCUUGGGUGGUUCCCUGGGUGACAACGACAAGAUGGUGGCUGUGGCCUCAUGCAGCGAGAUCAUUCUGUGGGCCAUUCAUGAAGGCGGCACUGGGAAUGAGAUUGGAACCUUUAGUCUGGGGGUCCCUGUGGAAGCUCUGUUCUUUGUGGGAAAUCAGCUGAUUGCAACGAGCCACACUGGAAAAGUUGGGGUCUGGAAUGCAGUGACCAAGCACUGGCAGAUUCAGGACGUAGUUCCAAUAAACAGUUACGACACAGCUGGCUCCUUGUUGAUCCUGGGAUGUAAUAAUGGAUCAAUUUAUUACAUUGAUGUUCAGAAGUUUCCAUUGCGGAUGAAGGACAAUGACCUCCUUGUCACAGAGCUUUACUGUGAUCCUUAUGAAGAUGCUAUCACAGCCCUCAGUGUAUAUCUCACCCCCAAAACCAGUGACAGCGGGAACUGGAUUGAGAUUGCAUACGGAACAAGUUCCGGAAUGGUCCGUGUGAUUGUACAGCAUCCCGAGACAGUGGGGUCUGGCCCACAGCUCUUUCAGACAUUCAGUGUACAUCGCAGCCCAAUCACAAAGAUCAAACUCUCUGAGAAAAACCUCAUCUCAGUCUGUGCAGAUAGUAACCACGUACGGACAUGGACUGUGACCAGAUUCCGUGGCAUGAUCUCCACACAGCCUGGCUCAACUCCACUGGCAUCAUUUAAAGUCCUUUCCCUGGAAGAUUUAGAUGGUCAUGGAGGAUGUUCAGUGGGAUUGGAAAUUGGCCCGUUUGGGGAACGAGAUGAUGAACAGGUUUUCAUUCAGAAAGUUGUUCCUGACACGAAUCAGCUCUUUGUGCGACUAUCCUCAACAGGCAAGAGGAUCUGUGAGAUCUCCUCUGUGGAUGGCACCGCGAUCACUGCAUUUACUGUGCACGAAUGUGAGGGUUCGAGCCGCAUCAGCUCUCGUGCCCGUCGCUACCUCUUCACCGGACACACUGAUGGCAGCAUCCAGAUGUGGGAUCUUACCACCGCCAUGGAGACAUCUGGCAAGACACCUCAGAGAGACUCUGGGGGUCCCACAGAACAAGAGCUCCUGCGACAUCUGGAACAGUGUGAUAUUGCAUUGUCCCGAACACCAGACAUGAGUCCUGCAGAAUCAUUGGCUCAUCCUAGCAUGCUGCGGGCCUCAUCAAGCCAGUUUCAGACUGUCGAUGGAUUCCGUGAGAGGUUGGUGCGGAGUGGGACAGAGAGCAUUCGAAGAGACAGCCCCAUGGUGCUCAGGCAGCAGGAACGGUUUUCCAGUGUGUGCAGUCUGCAGUCGUAUGUUGCAAGCCGGACCUCUCUGGAUAAAGGUGAUGUUUCCAGUGGAAGCCCCAGGCAAGUGAGAUUACACAGCUCCUGCAUCCGAGCGGAAAGUCCGAGUGGUGAAAAUGCCACAGCAGAAGGGGAUGGCAGGACAGGGCACAGAGGAAGCUUUGUUGAGCGAUGCCAAGAGUUAGUACGUUGCACUGAACUCCAUGGAUCUAUGGAUCUCCGCCGUUUUAGCCAUGAGUCUGACAGAUUAUUGAACAGGAAUAGAACCCUGGGUCAAUCUGGUUCAGUACAGGGACUAAAAGCUGUGUCGCCCAGUCCGACACAAUCUAUCAGAACUGUCCCUCCCAAUGUGCCAUCAAUUCCCUCUGUGGAGCCUGGGUUGUCAGUAACCAGUCCCCUCAGUCCAACCAUGGAGUCAGCAACUGCCAACAGACCCCGAAUGAAUGAGACCUCAUUCUGAUCAUCACUGCUUCACGCUCAUCGUUUAGUGAUGCUUCAUUUAAAAUCCAAGCAAUGGACUCGGCCAGCUCCUUUUAAACAUUUGCCUGGGGCUUUUGCAGCCUGUCUAAUUCGCAACAGUUAAUUCAUCAGACUUCUUCAAGCCUAUCUUUGUUGCACAAUCUGACUUCUAACUCGCUCCUCCAACUGCAAAUCCUGGCUUAAACAACAGAAACAUCAACCAACCCAAAUCAGCUGCUUUUCCCUUUUUCUGGGAAGUGAGAUUCCGGCCUAAAAGCUGAUCCCAAGUAAUCCACGUAUGCUGUUGUUUGGAUGAAAGUCGAGAGUUUCUGAUGCCCAGAAUCUGGAGUUGUCACCAGUUCACAUUCAAAAUUCCACCUGUGGAAGAUUCUUGCUUUUUAGACUUCACAUUUUGAAAAACCUGAAAUGUUAGCUUUAACAGGAUUAAAACCUGUUACUCCUGGAUGAAAAAUUUUAAUCUGACAGCUCAUGAGUCACUGUAUUAAAGUUUAAUGUUUUUAUUUGGAUUUUGAAUGAAAUAAACAGUUGAAGAAUU